GGGUUUGGACUGGGAUGCUCCUGCGCUCCUCUCUCUCUCUCUCUGUCUCCCUCUCUCUGUCUCUCUCUCUCUGCAGUCGGCAUGAAAGGGUUUAAUUAACGCGUAUGCGUCCCUCUUUGCCCUCCAGCUAAUUAAUUUUAAUUUGUUGUUUGAUUCUGCGUUCUGUUGGUUUUCCGAACGCAGUUGGGAUUUCUUGCGUGCGUUGCUGGAAUUCAGGAGUCGUCCGAUAGUGAUCGGGUCCUUCUGGAAAGGUAUGCUUUCGGCACAAGGACGGGCAUGCUGGCGACGCACUGCCUGAAUCGUCCGUGCGCCUGGCAGUGUCCGCUGCAUCUGAUCUGUCGGAGGUGACAGAAAUAUCAGCCGAACUGAGGUUGGACGCUGUGCCCCAACCGUGCUUUUCCCAAACCUGGCUCUCAUUCCGUCCUUCAUUUUCAAGAUCUGAGAAGCGGACUGGGUUCUAAGAAAAACGGAUCAUCAUUUUUUAUUUCUAUUGCUAUUAUUUUUAUCAGGGAUAUGUUUUGCUGGCACAUGAAACGGAGCAUCAUGGACCAAAAAAGAGCCUAAAGAGAAUCACCUUGUGUACCCCAAGGCAUCGCAUACAGUUGCAGGGGGCAAAGUAUGCUAGCAGCAUCGGCGUGGCACCCCCUGGUGACGUGCCAGCACCUGGCUCAGACUGCGCCCCAGCCCCCGGCCUGAGCGCCCAUCACCGGUAGGCAGCGGUGCAUUCUCUGUGACUCGCCCACUCCGGCCCAACCAUGAGUCAGGACGCCCCCCAGAUCCCCAUCGCCGACAUGACACCGGAGCAGGCGGCUGAGGCCGCCGCCAUUAUGGCGGAGAAGAGGAAGCUGCAGCAGGCUAAGCUAAAGAAGCAGCUCCCCCCGCCAGAUACCAGGCCUGCCCGUGCCCUCUUCUGCCUCAACCUCAAUAACCCCUUCCGGAAGGCCUGCAUCAGCCUUGUUGAGUGGAAGCCGUUUGAUACCUUUAUAUUGCUUGCAAUAUUUGCCAAUUGCAUGGCCUUGGCUAUAGCCACUCCCUUUCCUGAGGACGACUCCAACAAUAUCAACCACCAGCUGGAAUCAGUGGAAUAUGUCUUCCUUGUCAUUUUCACUAUUGAAACGUUCAUGAAGAUUAUAGCGGACGGGUUAGUGUUGCACAAAGGCGCGUACGUACGCAGCGGCUGGAACAUGCUGGACUUCGUCAUCGUGGUCAUAGGGUUGGUUACUGUUGUUGUGGAGUUCGUAGCUGGCAAAGAAGAGCAGCCCUCCCCUGAAGAGCUAAUGGAUCUUCAUGCGGGGGGGAAGGGGGGCUUCGAUGUCAAGGCCUUACGAGCCUUCCGAGUGCUUCGACCCCUGCGGCUGGUCUCGGGGGUGCCAAGUUUACAAAUUGUGUUAAAUUCCAUAAUUAAAGCCAUGGUUCCACUCUUCCACAUCGCCCUGCUGGUCUUGUUUGUGAUCAUAAUCUACGCCAUUAUCGGACUGGAGCUUUUCCUUGGAAAAUUGCACGCGGCUUGUUUUAUCAUUGGAACAGAUAUCCUUGCUGAGGACGAACCGGCGCCAUGCUCAUUGACUGGCGAGGGGCGCGAUUGCACCCUCAAUGGAACUGUAUGUCUGGAGGCAUGGGAAGGCCCCAAUUGGGGCAUCACCAACUUCGACAACUUCUUCUUCGCUAUGCUGACUGUCUUCCAGUGCAUCUCAAUGGAGGGCUGGACUGACAUGUUGUACUGGAUGAACGACGCCAUGGGGCUUGAGCUGCCAUGGGUCUACUUUGUCAGUCUCGUCAUCUUUGGAUCCUUUUUCGUUCUAAACCUCGUUCUUGGUGUGCUAAGCGGAGAGUUCUCCAAGGAGCGUGAGAAGAACGUGGCCCGUGGAGACUUCCAGAGGAUUCGAGAGGAGCAGCAGUUUGACGAAGACCUGAAGGGUUACUUGGAGUGGAUCACCCAGGCUGAGGACAUCGACCCAGAGGACGAUCCAUCCAAGCGGGAUGGGGAAUCGGAGCAUGAUAAGAAGGCAACUUGCUGUGGGUCCCUGUGUAAGAAGUUUUCAAAGUCAGACUUCGGUCGGAAAGUGUGUCACUGGAACCGAUUCAUCCGCAAAAGGUGCAGGUUUGCUGUCAAAUCAGUCGCCUGCUAUUGGCUGGUGAUCGUCCUGGUCUUUCUCAACACGCUCACAAUCUGCACAGAGCAUUACAACCAGCCAGAGUGGCUAUCGCAAAUACAGGAGGGAGCCAACAAGGUGCUUUUGUCGAUGUUCACGUGCGAGAUGCUGCUGAAGAUGUAUAGCCUGGGCUUUCAGGCCUACUUCGUUUCGCAGUUCAACCGUUUUGACUGUUUUGUGGUCUUCGGCGGCAUUUCUGAAAUGAUCCUGGUGGACAAGGGAAUCAUGAGUCCGCUCGGCAUCUCUGUGUUUCGCUGCGUGCGCCUGAUGCGCAUCUUCAAGGUCACACGCCAUUGGGAGGCACUCAGCAUACUGGUGGCCUCCUUGCUCAACUCUCUGAAAUCCAUCGCCUCCCUGCUGCUGCUGCUCUUCCUUUUCAUCCUAAUAUUUGCCCUGCUGGGCAUGCAAGUGUUUGGAGGCAAGUUCAACUUUGACGAGUCGGAGAAGAAGAGGAGCUCCUUUGAUAACUUCCCACAGGCUCUGCUCACAGUGUUCCAGAUUUUGACAGGUGAAGAUUGGAACACUGUUAUGUAUGAUGGAAUUAUGGCAUUUGGUGGUCCAGGGUCAGGGAUGAUCGUCUGCCUUUACUUUGUUGUCCUCUUCAUCUGUGGAAACUAUAUCCUGCUGAAUGUAUUCUUGGCCAUUGCCGUGGACAACCUGGCAGAUGCAAGGGGUGGAAAGAAGGAAGAGAAGAGAAUUCCAUAUGAGGAGGAUGACGGUGAAGGACAGGAAGAGGAAGGAGACAAAUAUGAGACAGGUCUUCCACCCGGGCCAAAGCCUCGCGUUGCAGACCUGGUCAGGGCGGAGAAGAUUACCCCUAUUCCUGAGCCAACUGCAUUCUUCAUAUUUAGCAACACCAAUCCGAUUCGGGUGGCAUGCCACGCGCUCAUCAAUCACCCAGUCUUCACCAACAUCAUCCUCGUCUUCAUCAUGCUGAGCUCGGCCUCCCUGGCAGCUGAAGAUCCUAUUCGCAGCCACUCUGGGAGGAACAUUAUACUUGGUUACCUUGAUUAUGCCUUCACGGCAAUCUUUACUGUUGAGAUCCUGUUGAAGAUGACAACCUUUGGGGCUUUUCUUCAUGAAGGUGCUUUCUGCAGAAGCCCUUUCAACCUUUUGGACAUUCUUGUCGUAGGAGUGUCGCUGAUAUCUUUCAUGUUCCAGUCUUCUGCGGUGUCAGGGUUGAAGAUUCUGCGUAUCAUGCGAGUCCUCAGGCCGCUACGAGCCAUCAACAGAGCCAAAGGCCUCAAGAAUGUGGUUCAAUGUGUGUUUGUGGCCAUCAAGACUAUUGGCAACAUCAUGAUAGUCACCACGCUGUUGCAAUUCAUGUUUGCCUGCAUUGGAGUGCAGCUCUUCAAGGGGAAAUUCUUCAGUUGCACAGAUGAGAUAAAGACAACUCCAGAGGAGUGCAAGGGAACCUUCAUUAUGUACAAGGAUGGGGAGUUGAACAAGCCAUUAGUUCGUCAGAGGCAGUGGGUCAACGGCGACUUCAACUUUGACAACGUCUUGAUGGCCAUGAUGGCACUCUUCACUGUGUCCACCUUCGAGGGUUGGCCAGAUUUGCUCUACAAGGCCAUCGAUUCCUACCAGGAGAAUAGGGGCCCAAAAUUCAAUUACCGUGUGGAAAUCUCCAUCUUCUUCAUCAUCUACAUCAUCAUCAUUGCCUUCUUCAUGAUGAACAUCUUUGUGGGUUUCGUCAUUGUCACCUUCCAGGAGCAGGGUGAAAAAGAAUAUGAAAACUGUGAGCUGGAUAAAAACCAGCGUCAAUGUGUGGAAUUUGCCCUAAAGGCUACUCCCCUACCAUUUUUUAUUCCUAAGAAUCCCUACCAGUACAAGUUCUGGUAUGCGGUCAACUCCGAAUUCUUUGAGUACGCCAUGUUUGUACUCAUCCUACUCAACACAGUGUCCCUGGCUGUGCAGCACUACGGCCAGUCAGAGCAAUUCAGUCAUGUCAUGGACAUCUUGAACAUGAUCUUCACCACAGUCUUCACUGUAGAGAUGGUCAUUAAAAUCAUUGCCUAUAAACCUCAGCACUAUUUCACUGAUGCAUGGAACACUUUUGAUGCCUUAAUUGUAGUGGGUAGCGUUGUUGAUAUCGCUAUCGCUGAAGUCAAUCCCACAGAGGCUCCCCAGGUGAACGAUGCUGGGAAUCCAGAGGAAGGUGGUGCUUUCUCAAUCUCAUUUUUCCGUCUCUUCCGGGUUAUGAGACUGGUCAAGUUGCUAAACAGGGGUGAAGGCAUUCGAACCCUUCUGUGGACUUUCAUCAAAUCCUUUCAGGCUCUGCCAUGGGUUGCUCUCCUGAUCGUGAUGGUUUUCUUCAUCUAUGCCGUAAUUGGAAUGCAGAUGUUUGGGAAGAUCGCUAUGGUGGACCACACAAGCAUCAACCGCAACAACAACUUUCAAACUUUCCCCCAGGCCGUACUACUGCUCUUCAGGUGUGCCACAGGUGAGGCAUGGCAGAAUAUCAUGCUGGCCUGCUUGCCCGGGAGGCUGUGUGAUCCAGAAUCGGACAUCAAUCCAGGGGAGGAGAGGUCAUGCGGGAGCAACGUUGCCAUAGUCUACUUCAUCACCUUCUACAUGCUGUGUGCCUUCGUGAUUAUAAAUUUAUUUGUGGCUGUCAUCAUGGACAACUUUGACUACUUGACCCGUGAUUGGUCCAUUCUUGGUCCUCACCACUUGGAUGAAUUUAAGAGGAUAUGGUCCGAGUACGACCCAGAGGCCAUUGGCAGGAUCAAGCACCUGGAUCUGGUGACUCUUCUUCGUCGCAUCCAGCCUCCCCUGGGCUUUGGCAAGCUGUGUCCUCACAGGGUGGCUUGUAAGAGACUGGUAGCCAUGAACAUGCCUCUCAACAGCGACGGCACUGUCAUGUUCAACGCCACGCUCUUCGCUUUGGUCCGCACCGCUCUGAAGAUCAAGACUGAGGGUCCCCUGGAACAGGCAAAUGAAGAGCUGCGCAGUAUCAUUAAGAAGCUCUGGAAACGGACGAACAUGAAGCUGCUGGACCAAGUGUGUCCCCCUGCAGGCGAUGAUGAGGUGACCCUGGGGAAGUUCUAUGCCACCUUCCUGAUACAGGACUACUUUAGGAAAUUCAAGAAACGCAAAGAUGGGGGCUUCAUGGGCGUCCCCAAUGAGAACAGCACGGCCGUUGCCCUGCAGGCCGGUCUUCGCACACUGCAUGAUAUUGGGCCUGAAAUUCGAAGAGCGAUAUCAUGUGACCUACAAGACGAGGAACUUGUAGACUUUAUUCCUGAGGAAGACCAGGAGUUUUAUAGGCAAAAUGGGGGAAUUUUUGGAAAUCAUGUCAAUCACAUGAAUGGAGAUGCCAGGAACCCCUCAUAUCAGACCAAUGCCACACAGCGCCCCCUGCAGGUGCAUCCCCCCCCACACUAUGCUAACAUGGAACAACCAGUUGGCCGGUUGGACAGGAUGGGCCAGACCCUGGCUCAAAAUGGCCAUUCCUAUCACAAGUCUACCAACAUCAACCUCAACAAUGCUAAUGUGUCCAGUCUGCCUAAUGGGAAGCAUAUCGGUCCCUAUGAGCAUGCAAAUGGCUAUGCGGGAAACAAGGGACCCUACUACCCAGGCGACUAUGACAAGCCCAAGAACUCCAGCAUCCAAAGGACACGCUACUAUGAGACCUACAUUAGAGCCCAUGCCGGGGAUAGCUGUCAGCCGACAAUUCGUAGAGGAGAUGAAAGUGCUGAGGAAGAACGCUAUGGGGAGUACUGCAGUGGGGAGGAGCCUUAUGAGGAGGACAUUAUGAUCGCAGACAGGAAGGGAUACAAGGAGUACCUUGACAAGGUUAAUAACCUAGAACAGGACUAUGACGUCCCCAAAGGUUAUUAUCGUCAUGUGCGUCAGUAUGAUGACGAUGAGCAGUCGGUUUACCAUGACUCCAAAAGGUCCCCGAAGAGACGGCUGCUUCCUCCCACACCUCAAGGCCACAGAAGGCCGUCCUUCAACUUUGAGUGCCUGCGUAGACAGGGCAGCCAGGAUGAAAUCCCCCAUUCACCUGGCUUACGUCAGCGGACGGCGCUGCCUCUUCACCUGAUGCAACACCAGGUCAUGGCUGUCGCUGGUCUGGACUCUAGCAGAGCCCAGAUACUCUCCCCAACCCGCUCCACACGGUCCUGGGCUACACCUCCAACCACUCCUCUUAGCAAGGACCUUUCCCCUUACUAUACACCCCUGAUCCGUGUAGAGCGGGCUGGGCGGGAGAAUGGCCAUGUGCGCAAUAACUCCUGGUACGCAGACGACCCAGACUACCAGUACAGGACGUAUACACCAGCACAUCUGCAGCUCCCCCAUGAGUACAGACACCAGUACUACCAGAAGAGAGGAAGCGCCACAAGCCUUGUAGAAGCAGUAUUGAUAUCUGAGGGACUGGGGAGGUAUGCCAGGGACCCGAAAUUUGUCGCCACAACGAAGCACGAAAUCGCAGAUGCUUGUGAGAUGACUAUUGAUGAAAUGGAGAGUGCCGCCAGCCAUCUGCUGAAUGGCAGCAGGGACAUGUUCCCCAUCCGGGGCCGGAGAGACUACGAGGUUCUGGAUGUCUCCGCCAGCUACAGCGAUGAGGAACUGGAGCAAGAUCUGGCUGGGAAGUAUGAGGAAGACUUAGCUGAUGAAAUGAUAUGCAUUACGAGUUUGUAGCAUUGGGUCCACCUGUAAAGAACAAAACACAGAGACUCUGUGAAUCUCUUGGCUCACUAACAAAAGAAGUGCCUUUUUUCUAGUGGAGUACAAAAGGCACUUGAAGGUGAUGGAGCUAACAGGAGCAGCGCUCUGCUGCCCUUCCAGAACCCGUCUCAAUCCCCAAGGAAGCAGAUGUGGGCUCGGCGGAGCAUCUUUAGGCAAUGCCUCCCUGAUACACUACGUGGAAGCAUGAUAUCAGGAACAGCUUUCAUCCUAGAGAAAUCUCACAUGAGGCAUAUCUCACAUGUGGAUGUGAACCGAAUCCUCCAGUUACUUUCAGAAUUUAAUCGUGGCUAACAUGAAAAAUGACUAUAUGCUCGUUUACAGAUAUAUCACUGUCUGCUUAUUAUCACUUUCCAGAUAAGGUGGUUAAGAUGUCUGCAGUCACAAAGAUUCCCAUUGAAAAAAAAAUGAUUAAGCAAUUAUGCACUAUCAGACAGUUCUUUUGGAAUAUUAAAAGAGCCAGUUUAAUAUUUCCUAGUUGAUAUAUUGUAAAUGCAUUGUAAUAUAUUACAUCAGAAAACUUUGUAAAGAGAUGUUCUAUAUUUUGUAAUUAUGUAUCUUACAUAAGAACAGCAAUAUGGUUCUUAAUUAAUAUAUUACAAACAUAGAUGGAUGUUAUUUUAUGAGGUACUGUACAACAAUGUUUAUCUACCUUUUCUUUUGAGCUCCACUAUAUUCUCGAUCUGCUCGCAACCUUUUAUAAGAUGUUGUGUCGAGGUGAACAUGCAUUCGCACGAGAUAUGCAAAAUUAUUAUGUUGAUAGACCUGAACCGUCGAACUUGUUGUCGUGUCUUAACUACCCACUGCAGGAGUUUGAGAGCCAUGCUCGCUCCCCGCACCCCUGCCACACUACUCAAAAUGCACUCAGGAGUGUGUUUUAAUUCGCCGCUGUGUUUUACUUUUACAGAUCUCCUUGUAAGCAAAAGGGUCCGGUUUUUGUUUAGCUUGUGCUAACCUGUGUGCAUGGGUACAUCUGGAUGUUAAAUUCUUCUAUUGUGACUGACAAUGCUGCUUUCUGAGGAUGAAGGAACUGUGCCCCUCCCAGUAACACAAUAACAAAACAUGUCGCAGAUCACGUUCCUGGGUUUGAUAUGCGCUUAAUUACUCGAAGAAAAAAUUAUUCAUUGUGUUACCGACCACAUCAAUUCCGAGCGACUUUUCUCGUUUUUCAAUUACGACACGUUCUAAAUGAUCGUUUUCAUUUAAUCGGAAACAAAAACCGCACUUCCAGGUCUGUUAAAGUCCACUCAUUUCCCCCCUCCCACCCCCCUUUUUGGUGUUAACUUUUUAAUCGUUUGCAUUUUAUAAGGUAGUUAUUAAAAGCAUCUAGACUAAGUGCACGCUCAGAAAUUCUGUGAAGCUGAUCAGUGGUGACGCAGCUACAGCACGAGGCAGUAAGUUGGAGAGUUAAAGCAAUAUUACCCCCCACUCUUUCCAUAAGAAGUCUUAUAAAUAUACCUCCAGAAGAGCAGGGUAACAUAUCAGUGAUUAAACUUCGAAGGUGUUCCAAACUAUAGCCUCCCUUUCUUGCACUGCAAAAAAAGGGAUGAAACAGUCACUUUAAAUCGUCUUUUAAAAGAACACUUACCAGCAUGCAAACUUGGCCGAGCACAGUGCGGGGCAGUUCUACUCUCCACGUGGAAGUGUGCGGUCCGGAGGGGCGUAUGACUGGUCCACCCAACCUAGCUGGGGUCCUCCAGGAGGUGCACGCUGAAAGGGCUCUGACUCGUCUGUGAGAAACGUGUACUGGUGUCUAAUAUCUAAGAUGACCCCUCACGGCCAGACACAUUGUACUGUAACGUAGCAAUUACAGAGAAACUAGAAAUAUGCAUUUUUUUCUAAACACUUGUGUAAAUGGUGUUAAAACUAAAGACUAAAACCAAGUUACUUUACCUCAUGUCAGGGAUUCCUGAAUAAAAAUGGUAUUUAAAUAUUAGCACAUAGCUGUAUGUCUUUGCACAAGUAAUUGUUAAGUGAUAUUGUUUCAUUUUCUAUGAAUUUCAGAUCUAUAUGUAAUAGGGUGAGGCGAUUUUGUACUUUUCCUGUGGCUGUGUGUAUGGUUUAGUGGAAUCUAUAUUUGUCUUACUUGUCACUUUACAAUGCUGGGAUAUAUGGUAGAAUAUUAAGCGGCACUGGGCUUUUUCCUUGUGAUAAAACCAGUUUGCGGCUCAAUGAAAUUUAAUAUUUAAGUUUACAGAGAAUUAUAUGUUAAUUUAAACACUUUAAUCAGUUUAAUAUUACUAGAAUAGUUGACAAGAUGUAUUUAAAUAUACAAUGAAAAGUAUAUAAAGUAUGGAAAGACCUGUUCUUAUUUAUUUUACUUGAAAUAUUUGCUCUUUAAGGUUUUUAUUCUGCAAACUUCUCAGUAGCAGCUUAGUACCCCUCUAGAUUUUGUAUGCAUUUCUUUUUGUAUUUUUUCAUUUAAUUUUGGCCUUUAACUGAUUUGAAUCAAUACCUAAAUUUUAUUUCCUAAUGAUUACUAUUGAAUAAACUUACACUAAAGUUCAAA